CUCUCCCCGUCUUCUCUCGCUCUCCAAAACCCUGAUCUCUUUCUAACUAAAACCCUAGCAAAAAAGAGGGGAGAAAAAAAAUAAUAAUCCACGCACGCACACUCUCUUUCUACUGUCAUUCCUACAAUUAAUCCAAUGAUCGCUCUAUCCCGUCGAAAACCUCCAAUCCAAUUUCUCCUCUCAACCCUAAAUCAUGCUUCAACCCUCCAAAACCCUAAAUUUCUCCCCCAAAACCCCAACUUUUCCUCCCAGUCCUCCCCCAAAUUCCCCGAGUACGAGAUGCCCUCGGUAACUUGGGGAGCGAUCCACGGCCGCAAAGAGCGCCUCGUUUCCCGCGUGAUCAUCUCCGACUACCUCAAAUCCCUCGGCAUCAUCCCCGACGAGCUCGCCCCCAUCGAGCUCCCCUCCACAAUCGACGUCAUGAAAGAGCGAAUUGAGUUCUUGACCAAGCUCGGCCUCACCGUCGACGACAUCAACAACUACCCGUUAAUGCUGGGCUGCUCUCUCCGCAAGAACAUCAUCCCGGUGCUUACUUACCUCCAAAAGAUCGGCUUUCCGAAGCCCAAGCUCGGAGAGUUUGUGAAGAAUUACCCUCAGGUACUGCAUUCUAGUGUAAUUGUUGAGUUGGCCCCUGUCGUUAAGUUCCUUAGAGGAUUGGAUGUCGAGAAGCAGGACAUACCUUAUGUGUUAUCUAGGUUUCCAGAGUUGUUCGGGUUUAAACUUGAGGGUACGAUGAGUACUUCGGUUGCAUAUUUGGUUAGCAUCGGUGUUUCGCCUAGAGAUAUCGGGCCGAUGGUGACCCAGUUCCCGUAUUUUCUCGGAAUGAGGGUCGGGACGAUGAUUAAGCCGUUGGCUGAGUUUUUGAUUGAGUUGGGGAUUCCGAAGAGGAUAUUGGCGAGGAUGCUAGAGAAAAGGACUUAUGUUCUUGGAUAUGAUUUGGAGGAGACGGUUAAGCCGAAUGUGGAUGCUUUGAUCAGUUUUGGAGUGAGAAAAGAGGUGAUACCGAUGAUAGUUGCACAAUUUCCGCAGAUCCUUGGAUUGCCAUUGAAGGCUAAACUGUCGACUAUGCAGUAUUUCUUUAGUUUGAAGCUUAAGAUUGAUCCUGAGGGGUUUGCAAAGGCAUUGGAGAAGUUGCCGCAGAUUGUUGGCUUGAAUCAGAAUUUGAUGAUGAGGCCGGUGGACUUUCUUAGGGGGAGGGGGUUUUCCGAUGGAGAUGUGGCUAGAAUGGUUGUCAAGUGCCCGCAGUUGCUUGUGCUUCGAGUUGAGGUGAUGAAGAACAGUUUUUACUUCUUUAAGAGUGAGAUGAGAAGGGGAAUGGAAGAGUUGUUGGAGUUUCCUGAGUAUUUUACUUAUAGCUUGGAGGCAAGGAUAAAGCCAAGGUACCAGAGGUUGGCGAGCAAAGGGAUUCGUUGUGGGUUGGGGUGGUUCUUGAAUUGUAGUGAUCAAAGAUUUGAGGAGAGGUUGCAGGGUGAUUAUAUUGAAGGAGAGACUUUGGGGCCUUCGUUUGUUAUGGGUGGGAAAUUGGAUAUGCCUGGGAGCGAAUUGGUAUCUGAUGAAGAGGACGAUGAGAGUGAUAGUGAGGUGCUCUAUAGGCGGACCGUUCAGCUUUAGAGAUUGGUGUUUUUGGUGUUUUGCGCCUAUCAUAUUUAUUUCCGGUACUAGAAUAUUGAUGCUUUAGGCUGGUGCUGGCUAUAUCUAAGACACUAUUUUCGUUGUUAGGGAAGUAGUAGAUGCACAAUGCAUGUGGAGCUUCAUCCUCCAGAGUCAAUAACAAGACAUUCGAGGAAAUUAGAUGCCACUUCCAACCGGACAGAAGAGCCAACACUCAAUCACUCAAGAAAGUUUGCUCAAUCUGUGUCCUAAAGAUGAGAUAGCCAGCGUGUAAAGCCAAAUAGCGGAAGCUCUUCAGGAUCAGUUUGUGCUCCUGGCUAGCUCGAGGAGGGACCGUGGCUUUGUCUUUUAUGGUGCAAAAUAACCUCCAAUAGCUUCAAACUAGCUCUACAGGCCAAGGUAUGUAAGGUUUUAUGCUCGCAGCUAAUAAGAUCUUGUAGAUUAUUUGUAGUUGUGUAACAUAUACAAUGGCUAAAAUAAAGCCGUUAACAUCAGCUUCAGUUUUAAGAACUGGGUUACCUAUGUUUUGAGUACAAGUCCUCAUAAUUAAAUCCACAAGUGUACUUACUGAACUCGGCCGCGACU